AUGGCCGUUGAAGACGUUUCAUCGGGCGCAACCGGCCGCAAACGAGGAAGGAAAAAAGAGGACGACGAUAUGAUUCGCGUAUGUCGUGAACUGCGCUUGCUACCCCCGUCUUCUUCUGAGCAAGCCUUUCGAUCCUCUCCGUAUGCAGCCCGGAAAGCAUGCCGUCCCUUCGCCUCGUCUCCUUCCUGUGGUGUUCCUCCGCGGAGUUCCCUGCGAAACGUUUCUUUCUCUCCUGCUCGAUGCCCCGUACCUCUGCAUGAGAGAGACGCGCCUUCCACUCUUUCGGGCCCCUCUUCGUUGCUUCUGCGUGUCCCCCCUUCUUUCGAGUCGCCUGCGACUUCUUCCUCGUCCUCCUCUUCGAGACUAGCCUCAGGCGCGCGCGGCGGAGGAUUCCGUUCAGGCUCCACUCGUUCGCAGCCGCGCGGCUCCCAGCCUCCCCGUGCGGCGCCAGAGUUGCCUCCUGCCUCCUUCCUUUUGACGCCUUCGCUCCCUCCCUUUUUCUGCUCCAACGUGGCCUUCGCGGACCGUGUCGCGGAGCCUUUUGCAUUGCCGGAGGGUCGGGACAUGUGGUCCCUCGCCGGCCUGCGCGGGCUUCUCGCCAUCCUCAUCUCCGUGGCGGUUCCCCUCCGCAGGCGCCUUCGCGGGGGGGCGGCGGCGUUGUUUCACGCCCCGCGCUUCGCGGCGCUCCCUCCUUCGUCAUCGAAGAUUCAGCUCGGCGCCCCUAAAUAUCGGAAGCGCGCGGUGCGUGCAGGCCGACAGAAGACUCCCAAGUUUCCGUACCAGCCGAAGGACUCUCUCUUUUACGAUUUCCCCGACCCUCCCGCUGGCCUGCCUCUCCCCCUUAGCGCCCGCCGACCUGCGGCGUCGAAAGGCGAUGACGGAGUUCCCCCGCGCGCAGAGGUCCAGGGGGAACGCCGCGCAGAAACGGAGACUGAGGCACACUUCAGCGCGCACAUACGCCAGCAUUAUGUGCUCCGCGUUCCACCCAUUGAUCAGAGGGCGCGGCGAAUGCUGUGGAUCCACAGGCACCUAGGAAGGCGCGACGGCACUCUCAGCCCUGUGGAGGACGCAAUCACGGAUCUUCUGCUUUCUCACAACGUCCCUGAGGAGGCGGCGCUCGAUCUGUCCGCCCCGGUGGUCAGUGCCUCUUCGUCGCCCUCUUCGGGAUCUAGCCCGUCUCCGUAUUUAUCGCAUCUGCAUGCGCUGGCCUUUCCAGAGUCCCUGGGCCUGACGGCGGCGGAACUGACUCGCCUGCUCACGGUUUGCCCGGAGCUUCUGCUGCCGCGGCGGCUGGCUGCAUGCAGCGCGGCGCUCGACUUUAUCCUCAAGGAGAAGAAGUGGAGCCCAGAAGCCGCGAAGAACCUCCUGCUUCACGUGCCUCGAGCCCUGACCGCGGGUGGCGACCACGUCGCCCGCUGGAUGCGGGAGUACCGGGAGCUGUUUUGCGCUGGCGCGCCGGCGAGCGAGGAGGCGGGCGCGAAGGAGGGGCGGCGCGUAUCAGGCAGCGAAGCACGAGGGCAGGAUGCGGACUCACACAGCCUACAGGAUGAAGCAGAUCGGUUCUUGGAGCGCACCGCUCUCAAGCACCCCAUGGUGUUCGCGGUUCGACGGCCAAGGUCCAAGCUGCGUCAUUUCCUACAAGUCCUCCGGCAGGUGCGCGCCUCGCGAAGCGAGUACAAACCCGCAGGCUGGUCUACGCUGCCUGUCACGGAGCGGGCAAAGAUCGUCGCAUUCCUCUCCUCUUCGUCGGCUCAUCCGUCUGCAGGGAGGGACGCCGCAAACGGCGCGCCUCCCGCCGCAGCUGGUGGCGCCGACCAGGGAGAGGACGCGCGCCAAGAGGCGAGCAGCGCCGCGGCUCUUGAGCUGGAAUGGUACAGAGGGCACUACGAGCGUCUGGAGGAGUUUGAGGGGGAGACGUUGGUUGAGAAGCUGCUGCAGGAGACUGGCGACGAGAAAAGCGGGGGAGAGGGAGCGAGCGAAAGAGAGGCACUUUUGCGGCCUCUGCGUACCGAUGCAGCUCGCAUGCGCGCCGCCAUGAGACACGAGGAAGCGAGCGUCAAGGAGAUGUUUCGGGCCUAUCCACGUUUGUUUAGUAUGGGCAUCGCUGGGAACGUCCGGUCCAAGCUUUUGUAUCUGCAGAAUUACAUGCACAAGGAAGUCGAGGAGGUUUUCCUCUUCCCCCAGUUCCUCUCCUACAGUCUUCGCCGGCGCAUCAUUCCUCGCCACAUCGCGCUGGUGAACGCGUUCCUCCUGCAAGAGAAGGCUCGGCGGAAAUUUGAAAAUCCGCUGUUCGACGAAGGCAAAGCUCUCGAGCAAGUGCGCAAACGUGCGCGGACGCGGAAACACUGGGACGACAGAAUGCGGGAAAAGAAGAGACUUCAGUUGCGACUGGAGCAAAGAAGAGGCUCCGGCGUAGAAGCCCCGCAGGAGGAAGGAAGCGUGUACGAUGAAGAAUACUGGGCAAAGAAAGCCAUGCUAGCUGACGAAGUCUUCCCCUUCAUUGAUGAGAAGAAAGGCUGGAGAGGCCUCGAGCCGUAUCAGCCCUUCGGGAUGCAGCCCCUGCCCCCCCUCCGCGAGAUGUAUGCGACAAGCGACGAAAAGUUCAUGGAGCUAUUUUCCAUCCCCUAUCAUGAGUUUGUGAGCGCCAAGGUUGACGCUGAGAAGGUGAAGAAUCCGCAGACACUGUUUUGA